CGGCGCUCGGACACCGGCACAGCGGCGGGCACUCGGCCCGGCCCGCCGGAGCAGCGGCACCAUGGCCGAACAAGCAGUUGCUGUGGCUGGAGGUAUAAUAGGAGGGAUCCUUUUAUUUGUCCUCCUUGGAAUAACUGCAUAUCUGCUCUGGAAAAAAUGUUGCCGCCUCUUUUCUUAUGAAAAGCUCAUCAAUCCUGUCAAAACAACAAAUGCAAAUGCCAUUUUCCAGGAUCAGGCAAAUUCUGAAAUUCAUCUAAAAAGUACAAGGCCCAGAAGUGUUCCAUUUAUCAUUCCACCAACACUGCAUGGGCGAGACUGGAUUCACCUGACAAAUGAAGAACAGGUUCAGGAAGACAGGGACCCCUUCAUGACCCCUCAGUCUGGGCCACGGUCAUCAUUUCAUUCUCUGGCUGGAGCUUAUGUUGUAGGAACCAUUAACCCAGAUCUGUACAAGUUUCCCGAAGACAAAAGCGAAACAGACUUUCCUGAUGGCAGCAUUGGCCGCCUCUGGUUCUCCAUAGAAUACGAGCAAGAGUCAGAAAGGCUCCUGGUCUCCUUGAUCAAAGUCAGAAAGCUGCAGCCUCCUGCUGAUUCCUGCAGUCCAUUUGUGAAAAUCUACCUGCUGCCUGAUGAAAGAAGCUACCUGCAGUCCAAAACAAAGCGUAAAACUCUUAACCCCCAGUUUGAUGAAAACUUUGUUUUCCAGGUUUCCAGUAAAAUGUUGCUCCAAAGGACACUAAAAUUUUUGGUUUAUCAUGUUGAUAAACAGAAGAAGCAUCAUCUCCUAGGCCAAGUUAUCUUCCCACUAAAAAAUGAAGCAUUAACUGAGGACAACAAACUAGUCAUAUGGAGAGAUCUGGAGAAAGAAAACUUGGAGCCUCCUUCAGAGCAUGGUGAUAUCCAGUUCUCCCUGAGCUACAAUGACUACCUGGGCCGUCUCACUGUGGUGGUUCUGAGGGCGAGGGGAUUAAAGCUCCAGGAGGAGAGCCCUGCUGGUGGUGUGUAUGUCAAAGUCUCACUAAUGAACCAUAAUAAAUUCAUCAAAAGUAAAAAGACAGCAGCUCUUCUGGGAACUCCCAACCCUGUGUACAAUGAAACCUUCAGUUUCAAGGCAGAUCAGACAGAGCUGGAUACAGCAAGCCUGAGUCUAUCUGUGCUCCAGAGUAACAAAGGAGAAAAAACACUUCUGCUGGGACGAGUGGUAGUUGGGCCUUUCAUGUACACACGUGGCAGAGAACUGGAACACUGGAAUGAGAUGAUCAGCAAGCCCAAGGAGCUGGUGAAACGAUGGCAUGCUCUCUGCCACAGCACAUGAACAGCACUGAGGAAAAAACAGCCUUAAUAUGGAAAAGCUCUUACUAUCUUUCUCAUCUAAAGGGUACAAAAAUCUUUGCUAAGAUUUUGUACCAAACGAAGAAUAAAAUAAAUUAUUUCCUUGACCAAGCUCAAAUAAAAGAUUUGGUUCCUGGUAG